GACCUACUGUUACUUGGAAAAACUGGAAAUAGAAAGAGUUCAACCGGAAACUCAAUACUUGGAUACAAAGCCAUCCAAGAAGGAUCUAGCAUGAAUUCUGUAACCAAAAAAGUGACAUGGGACGUGGCUAAAUACAAAGAUCGAGUUCUUAAGGUCGUGGAUGCCCCGGGAGUGAUAGACACGCUCUCACAGUCCGAGAAGGCCGCGGGCGACACCCUUGCUUUUGUGACAGACGCUUUAUCAGAAGCCGUGGCCAUCAAUCCGAGAGGGUACAACGCUUUCAUAUUGAUUGCAAAAUAUGGGAAUAAACGGAGAUAACUUUGAAUGUGACGCACGGAAGACGGGUCUAAACUUUGAAGACUGGUGUGACGAGCAAGAUGGCGAGUUUGAAAAUCUUUUAGGAGAGUGCAGAAACAGAGCAGUUUUGUUUGACAACCGCACCAAAGAUGUGAGUAAAAAAGAGAAGCAGCUUGACGAUCUCAUUACAAUUUUAGACUCGUUGGAGUCAAAAGGAUGACGAUAUACUAAUGCGCUUUUCGACGAAGCGGAACAAUCUCGGAAGAAGAUGUUAGUCGAGUCACGUAUCCCAUUGAUCGAGGACAAAACAACGGCAGAAACUAAACUGAUGUUGCUCGAUUUGGAGGCAGUUGAAAAUGUGCCGGAGGAAGAACAAGCCGCUGAGCUGAACGUGCUUCUAGAGAAAGCUAAAAGGAUCUCUGCCAGCAUUCGAGAACAAGACAAAGAG